GGGGGAAAUUCAUUUAUUUCUCUUUUUACAGCUUUACAGUAUGCUUUGCAUUACAAAGGAUUAUUGUGUUUUGUUUGUUUGCAUUUGGAGAACAAUAGAUAGGACAAUAUUUAGUAAGUUAUGGUAUCAAUGGGCAGAAUCUACUAUUAGGGCCCUAUCCAAACAUCCUAUUCAUUGUGCAUUCAUGUUGGUCCAUGCUCAUGAGACUAUUAAUAUUAGUUUAUUUCAUAAAUCUUGAUUGUAAUAAAAACAACAACCUCAAAGUGUUUUACAAAAAGAUAAAACAAUAAAAUCAGAGGGAAAAUACAACCAUACUUUAAAACAUGCAAAAGUUAAAAUACUGAAGCAGAUGAAAAGCACCUCAAUUUUCUAAGCAUCUGUUUGCUUCUCUGUAAUAUUUUUAGCAGGCACUGAAGAGUACAGUGGAGACACCUGGUUUAUAUCAAUAGGCAGGGAGUUCCAAUACUGUUUCCACCUGCGAAGAUUUCGUGCAGACGUACUGCUUCAUUUCCAGUUGGUGCACGUUCCGUAGCUUCCUGCCGCAAUUCACUUUAUAUACCACGAAUAUUCUGUUGUUGUUGUUGCUUGUCCCACUUUUGUUGCCAGCGAAGCCAAACCCAGUGAAACGGCAGUGCUAACUAAUUCUGGUUUUAUCCCCAUCUUCCUCCCUGCUGAGUUCUACCAGGGCAAUCCUGAGAGAUACAUCUGCACACACAUCAUACAUUUAAAACAACAUUACUUCCCCUGAAGAAUCCUGGGAACUGUAGUUUGGUUACAGGUACUGGGAAUUGAGGACGUGGGUGGCGCUGUGCGUUAAACCAGAGAGCCUAGGACUUGCCAAUCGGAAUGUUGGCGAUUCGAAUCCCCGUGAGGGGGUGAGCUCCCGUUGCUCGGUCCCAGCUCCUGCCAACCUAGCAGUUCGAAAGCACGUCAAAGUGCAAGUAGAUAAAUAGGUACCGCUCCGGCGGGAAGGUAAACGGCAUUUCCGUGCACUGGUCUGGUUUGCCAGAAGCGGCUUAGUCAUGCUGGCCACAUGACCUGGAAGCUGUACGCCGGCUCCCUCGGCCAAUAAAGCGAGAUGAGCACCGCAACCCCAGAGUCAGCCACAACUGGACCUAAUGGUCAGGGUUCCCUUUGUUGUUGUUAUUGUUUAGUCAUUUAAUCGUGUCCGACUCUUUGUGACCCCAUGGACCAGAGCACGCCAGGCACUCCUGUCUUCCACUGCCUCCCGCAGUUUGGUCAAACUCAUGCUGGGAGCUUCGAGAACACUAUCCAACCAUCUUGUCCUCUGUCGUCCCCUUCUCCUUGUGCCCUCUAUCUUUCCCAACAUCCGGGUCUUUUCCAGGGAGCCUUCUCUUCCACUCCAGUGUCCCUGCCAAGAAAACUCCAAUACAACAGGCAUAUAAAAAAACAGGAUGUCCCUUUACCUUUACCUUUACUGGGAAUUGAAGCUCUGUGAAGGGUAAGCUACAGUUCCCAGGAUUGUUGGUGCGGAUGUGCUUUAAAUCUAUGGUGUUUGUGGAUAAGGAUGAUGAAGAUGAUGAUCAUUUCUCCCUCCAUAGGAAGGCAGGCAGGGGAGGGCUGGAGGGACAGGUGCCCCAUUCACUCUGAUGAACCAGCCUCCGUGGACAGAUAUUAAAGUCAAAUGUGGACCAUCAAGCCGAGCUCCGGUCACAGCACUCUCUUUCUGGCAGUUUGUGUUUCUUGAAACCACAUGGCUGAUCGGCUUGGCCAAUAACUUUUUUCUUUCUUUCUUUUUUUUUUGGAAGAGGGAGCUUCCGGUGCCAAAAGACCAAGGAGGGGAAGGGGGCUGUGUGUUCCGGUCAUGACAGCCCUCUUUUCUUUUCCUGGAAUUGGAAAUCCUUCCUGAUUCCCCCCCCCAUCCCUUUCCUCUUCAAAAGAAAUGAGCCUGGAAGCCCCGAAACUGAAAGCUGAACCUGGUGUUGGGGGAAAAGAUGCUGCAGAAGAAGAAGGAGGAUGCAAAUUUGCCCAGGGAGAAAUCUUCCAACCUGAGCCCUGCCUUGAGGAGUUGGGGCAAUUUGGAGAGGACACACAGCUAAAAGAAGAGCUGGGUAAGGGGCCGCUGAACUCCCUACUGGGUUCGAUUUCUUGCUGAAGUUAAGAGAAACUCUGUGAUGAAAGAGGGGGAAACAAGCAAACAAAAAGUUGGGAUCUUUCCCACUCUUCCUGGUGCAUAUUUAGGUACCACGGAUAAUUCUGAUCUGCGAGUAGGGAUUGUUUAGCAACCGUGCAGUAUCUCCACAUUGAGUUGCCAACUAUUUAAAGGACCAGCAGAUAUUAGCACAGGUGAAGCUUUUCAGAGGAUGGAGGGAAACAUCUGCACCCUAGGAAGAACUUCAUUUCAGCAGGAAUAGGAAACCUGUUGCACUCCAGAAGUUCUUGGACUCCAAAUCCCAUCAUCCAGGACUAUUUGCCAUGGUGACCGGGGCUGAUGGGAAUUGGAGUCCCAGCAGUGUUGGGGGGGGAACAGUUUGGUCUCUGGGUUUUUGCAGACCAUCGGGCUGCCCUGCAAGACACAGGUGAAAAGGAGGCUGCUUUAUUUUCUUAUCGGUUUAGCAUGCAGCUUCAUUUCCUCCAAGCUAUUGUUUUUAAGUAUUAUAAAACAAUCUUUAAUAAUCGCCUUAAAAGUGGGUGAGUGGGGGGUACACAGCAGACGUUUAUAAAGUUAGGAGUGGAAAGAGUUGAUGGGUUAGAAUUAUUUUUUUCUUCUCCUAUUACUAGGAGCUAGUUAGCAAGUAGGCUCAGGACUGGUGUUAGGAAGUUAUUUGUCACCCAGUUUAUUAUCUUGUAGAAUUCACCUGUGUGUCGAGGUUGACUUGCUUUUUGAAAAGGCUUAGUUGUCAGAAUUCAUGGAGGGCGGGUUUUGGAAUGCACAUUGGUAAGCCAGGGCAGCUAAAUGGAACCUCCAGCUGCAGAGAAAGUCUACCUUGGAGCAACAGGUGCUAAGGGGAAGGCUGUUUUUCCUUCAUGACCUGCUUGCUCGUGACCUUUCCAGAGAAGCAUCUGCCUGUCCACCUCUGGAAGCGGAACAACUGGGUGUGCAUGCAGGCCUGAUCCUGCCCGGAGCGAGAAAGAGAAAACGAGUGUAGGAAACCAAGUCUCCACCCCACACCCCCUUCACCCCCGCUUAGCCUAGCACCUGUUGCCUUACUAAGUAUGAGGGAGUGCCUGUUUGCUUUUCCUUUCUCAGUUCUUGGUUGUUGUGUGUGUUUUUUGCUGCGUUUUGGUUUUUUUUUUCCACGCCUGAGAGUAGAUCCUGCCCUUUACCGCUAGGCUGGGGGCUUUCCCGUUCCAUUGAGCAUGACUUCAUGACAGCCAGCAGCCAAUCAGGAAGCAGCAGCCGGCAGAGCAGGGGAAUUCCAAGAACCCUCAAAGCUUAAAAAAAUAAUAAAAAUAGACAGACAGACAGAGAGAAAUUGGGGCUUGAGGGCUGAGCGAGGGGGGAAUGGAGCUCAGGGCCAGGUUAUGAAGAGGCCUGGAGUGAGACGGGAGCCGCUGCGAUUGCCUCUCUGGCAGAGGAAAGAGAUGCUCUCUUCCCCAGCUCUAGGUAUGGGGCAGCUGGAGUGAAACGAGUUCUAGGGGAGAGAGGGCGUGUGUGACUUUUCAGUUACCGGCCCAGGGGUUGGGGGCACUGUGUUAUUAUCUAGGCAACAGACUGGGUCGCUGGGAGGCCUGGGGACAGCAGGAAGGAGUCACGGUCUCUCUGCUGUGCCUCUAAAUGCCGGAAACCGCAGGAGGCGAGGGGAGAGUUGCUCCGAUCUGCUUGUAGGUUCGCCACGGGAGGGGGGGAAUUUUUGGGGUGAGUUUCCCUGCUUUUCCUCUGGCUUGGAACAGCACAGGUCGAAAUCUUGCUGUCUGCUCAUUUCCACACUGAUAAUCUUUGCUUGCUGAUUUCUGCAUUUCAAUCCUGCACUUAAAAGGAGCGGGUGUGUUUGGGUUCUCUUGGUCCCUUCUCUAGCCAUGUGGUGAUCAUGGGGACAUCCCUUUUCUGAAAAGGCAGGGGGUUCUUCCUUCCCCACCCCCACUUCACACAAGAAACUCAAGUUAAAGGGGCAGAGAGGUUUCUUACACUGGCAGGUGAAGGGGCAUGAGUCUGUGAGUUUCAAGUAAAAUCAAUUUUAUUUGCUUUCUCCAACGUUUUGAAGUGGAUGUUUCCUGCUCUGUGAAUGGUCAUUUGGUUUUAGAAAGUUUGACCCUAUAGUGCCAAGCUGGUGGCUCUGUUUUUAAAGACUUUUUGAUCAUCCCGUCUUGCAAACGGGCUCACGUCUGCCUGGUCGCCUGUGGUGAGCAAAAAUUGUCUCCAGGUAACCAGGCAACAAAAUGUUGAGCAAGCUUAGGUGUAUGUAGACAGGUAGACUAGUAGGGUUUUUUGUGUUUUUUUUGAUGGGCUAGUGGCUUUACAUAUUUCUUCAAAUCGCUCUGCUUUCUUAUGAGGUGUUUUUAAGUAGAAAAUGCAUCUUGAUAUGAAAGGUAAAGGGACCCCUGACCAUUAGGUCCAGUCGUGGUUGACUCUGGGGUUGCAGCACUCAUCUCACUUUAUUGGCCGAGGGGGCCGGUGUACAGCUUCCGGGUCAUGUGGCCAGCAGGACUAAGCCGCUUCUGGAGAACCAGAGCAGCGCACGGAAACGACGUUUACCUUCCCGCCGGAGCGGUACCUAUUUAUCUACUCGCACUGGUGUGCUUUCGAACUGCUAGGUUGGCAGGAGCAGGGACUGAACAACGGGAGCUCACCCCGUCGCGGGGAUUCGAACCGCCGACCUUCUGAUCGGCAAGUCCUAGGCUCUGUGGUUUAACCCACAGCGCCACCCGCGUCCCCUAUCUGCAAUUUAAAUGUGUAAGAUCCUAACCAUUGGUGUUUGGAGAUCCUUUGGAGGUGGCAUGCUCUUAGAAACUAUACGCUGUAUGGCAGUGAAAUGGGAAAGUGAACAAAAUAUGGAUGUUUCUGUCUCCACUGUUGUUGUGAGAACAUUGGCCUGAUCAGGCAGUGCUUGCCUGAUUUUCUUACGUUUAUUAUUAAAGCAAAGGGUAGAUAUUUGGCCCUAGGUGAAUGGUGCGGUAGACGAUAUAUCUGUAGCUUGGAAGAAUUCUGGGGCAGUAAGAACGCAUUAGGUUACAAGGCGAUUAAUAAACCAAUGAUGAUGACAACAACACUUUGUUAAGGGUGCUGGGAGUUACAGUUCCGCGAGGGGUGAACUACAGUUCCCAUGAUUGCUUGGGAGAAAGCAGUGUGCUUUGAAUGCAUGCUGUGUACAUAGCCUUUCGCUUCAUAACCUCUUUACCCCUGCAAUUCAGGCACUCUUAAAAAGGGAAGGUGGUUUUCCGGGUACUGAAUUUGAGGAUGGAAGGGAGACUAACCAGGUGAAAAAAUGUCAGACUGGUCCGCUGUUGCACCUUGAACAGCCGCCAUGCUGAGUGGCUUGAAGAUGCCAUUUUGAAUUUCCCACGAUGCCCUGGAGCGACACUGCAUCUGGGGCAUCGUGGGUUGUUUUAAAUGAGGUCUGCAUUUAAACAUUGCUGAUUGCCCUUGGCCUUCUCUAAUACUGGGCGGCCUCCGUUGGUCUCCCCUGGUUAUGAACACUUUCUUGGUGGACAGGGCCUGGAAAUUAUGGGAGAAUGCAGCUUCCUAACACAUUGUUUGUCUUCGCAGGUUCCUCCCUCCCAGCUUCCAGUUUGUCCAUCAUGCAGCCCACGGCAGAGACGGCUGGUAAGGACCACUUGCGUUCGGAUCACGUGUAUCCCUUUGAUCAACUUCUUAGAAACCCAGAGUUUAAUUCUUCCUCAGUGAUGAAAGAAAUAAAAAAGUAAAAGGCUAGGAAUUAUUGUUACUUUACGUUUAUUGUAGGGUCCCAGGAUGGGUUACAGUACUUAAAGGUUUUUAUGUGCUUUUAGUUUUUUUUAAAAAAGGCUUUUCAAAAGUCUUAAAUUAUUGCUGUUAAUUUUUCAAUCAAUCCCUCUUCCCAGGGGACCCCUAAUGACCAUUUAAUGAAGGCAGGGCUGAUGAGUUAGUAAACAUGGGCUGGGUUGUGAACCCCUCACUGUUCAAUAUGUGCAGACAGGCGGAAUAUGCUGUGAUUUGAUUUAAAAUACUGAUCUAUCUUUCUUUUCUUUUCAGAUGAAUUAGGUAAGAAUUCUGGGGCUUGGGGCAGAGUAGUGAAGCAAACUUCAGGUAAGGGAAAAAAAUCAAUAUUAGGAUGAUAUAUUCUUGACAUAUACAAGGAACAUACAGUAAGUGAGAGCUAGUGUGGUGUAGCGGUUAAGAGCGGUAGACUCGUAAUCUGGUGAACCGGGUUCGCGUCUCCGCUCCUCCACAUGCAGCUGCUGGGUGACCUUGGGCCAGUCACACUUCUUUGAAGUCUCUCAGCCCCACUCACCUCACAGAGUGUUUGUUGUGGGGGAGGAAGGGAAAGGAGAAUGUUAGCCGCUUUGAGACUCCUUCGGGUAGUGAUAAACCGGGGUAUCAAAUCCAAACUCUUCUUCUUCUGCAUGUGGCUUGGUUCACAUUUAAUGACCAAAGCAUGGUUUGCCCUUCAGAGCUUAAGCACAUAUCCUUUACUGUAUUUCCUGGUUCAGCAAGCAGCUAUUUGAUGUUGCAUCCAACUGGCCAAACCACAGUUUUCUUCCAAACUAGAACUGGAAACUGUAGUUUGAUUAACAUUCCUCAUUGGGAGGAAAACCAUAGUUUGCCAAUUCAGAUGUAAUGACAAACCAUGGUUUGUGUGAACCGGGAAAUGAUGGAGGGAGGGGAGGGGGAGGAGCAGGAGCACAAAGCCCAUUCGAGAUGGCAAAAAUCAUGGUUUGACUGUUGCAUCUAAACCAAGUUCUCUGUGUAUGUGUGGAGGACAAGUUGGUGGUUAAAGUACUGAUUCGUACAUGUGUGUAUGUCCCUUAGUGUCACAUAACUCAGUGGCUUUAAUCUAAAUGUGUGAAUUAGAUUCUAUGCACCAGUACCAUGUUAAGAGAUAGAGAUUUGUUGGAGUUCAGCGGCUGCUUCUGUGUGUGGAAGUCAGUCAGGCGUUCUGUCUGAUCAGUGAGCUGUGGCAGUGUUUUGAGGGAUGCUGGUGGGGCAUGUGACGCUUUUGUGUUUUCUAUUUUGUGCAUUGUUCUCCUCCCUUCCCGCUCUGGGCUCUCUUUGACUAUAGUGGAGGUUCGCAAAACAACAACAAACCUCUGAUUACGUGAAACAUAUUCAAUAAACACACAAGAUGUAACCGGCUGUACGUUUGAAUAAAUCAAGUAUACUAUUCAUUGUAUUAAAGUGUAGAUUUCAACAAAAGUAGCUCAUAAAGGUCAACGGAAAAAGUAGAAGACCCAGUGGAUCAGUUCAUUCUCUAAUCAGUUCAUGCAUAAGGUCCAUAUAUGUUUAAGUGUCUAUUGCACCUGUCUGUUCAUAGAGUCCAACAGUCCACACGAAAGGUUGUUACAGUUCCACAGAAUCCUUUCACAGAGUCUAAGACAAGGAUUUCCAGAAUAUUAGCCUUGUUUCGCCAUCCUGGGCUUCAUCAGUAGUACAAACUCAUAUAAUAAUAGUAGUAGUAGUAGUAGUAAUAAUAAUAAUAAUAAUAGAUUUUAUUUAUAUCCCACCCUCCCCGCCAAGACCGGGCUCAGGGUGGCUAACAACCAAUAAUAAAAACAAGUUGAUUAAAAUACAAUUUAAAAAACAAGAUUAAAAUACAACAUUAAAACAUUAGGAUGCAUCCUCUUCACAGGAGGAGAAAGGAAAGAAGAAAGAGGGGGAGGGAAUCAAACUGGCUCCAAGUCAAAGGCCAGGCGGAACAACUCUGUCUUACAGGCCCUGCGGAAAGAAAUCAGAUCCCGCAGGGCCCUGGUCUCAUGAGGCAGAGCGUUCCACCAGGCCGGAGCCAGUGUUGAGAAGGCCCUGGCUCUGGUUGAAGCUAAUCUAACUUCCUUAGGGCCCGGGACUCUAGGGUGUUGCCAUUUAUGGACCUUAAGGUAUAUAUACAAACUGUCACAGAACAGUGGAUCUUAUAGCAUAGUAGUAGCUGCUGUAUAGUGGAGGUUCUGCAGCGGCUAAGAACUAGCAUCAUGUCGGAUUGUUCUGUAAAGAUGAAAAAGAAGACUAAAACAUAAGGAAACAAGUAAUGCCGAAACACCAUUUCUUUAUUUCCAUGGCACUUAAACAAAGCACUGUUUUUAAAUCUCCCAAACAGCAGCGACAAAGAACAGUAGUGAGGACAUAAGAAUAGCUUUGCUGGAUCCGAUCAAAGGCCUUUCUAGUUCAGUGCUCUGUUCUUACAGUGUCCAAUCUGAUGCCUCUGGGAAGUCCACAAGCAGGGCAAGAGCGCAACAUUGCUUGCCCCAUCUGUGAUUCCCAGCAAGUGGUAUUGCCUCUGAUUCCGGAGGUAGCAGAUAGCCAUCAUGACUGGUAGCCAUGGAUAUGCAGAUUCCUGGAGGUGAAGGCAAAACUUUUUUUACAAAGUUUUUCUUUAUACUUUUCAAAUCUAUACAUUUCAUAAGUUUUACAAUCAUUUUAACAUUUCAGAGUUCGACUUCCUUCCCCCUCAUUCUGCGGUUCCUUAUUAUUUUUUAAUAUCUUCUGCAUAUCCAAAUUAAUUUCAUUUGCUCAUUGUCUACUUUAAAUAUACAGUGGACCCUUAAUUCAUUCUGGGGGUCCUUGCAUACCCCAAAAAGUCCGCAGCAUGAGGCGCCACUUCUGCGCAUGUGCACGGCAUGGUAGAGCACUUCUGCGCAUGCGCGUGCGGCAAAACCCAGAAGUAUACACUUCUGGGUUUGCCAUGUUCACAACCUGAAAGUUAGUUACUAGAAGGUAAUGUAACCUAAGGUUCCACUGUAUACUCUUAUGAACUCCAGGUUAUUACAAUAAUCCUGCCAAUGUUUUUAUCUGUUUGCAAUUCAUCUGUGAAUAUUCAAUAAACCAUUUCCGUUCUUUUAUAAAAAAGUUUGUUAUCUUGAUUGCUUACUCUUCCGGUAAGUUUUGCCAUUUCUGCAUAUUCCAUAAGUUUUUGUAUCCAUUCUUCCUUUGCUUCUGCAUCUUUCCAUUUUGGAGCGAGUAGUAUUCUUGCUGCUGUAGUCACAUACAUAAAUAAAUUUUUAUAUACAAUUUAGGUAGUUCUGUUCCUAUCGUUCCCAAAAGAAAAGCUUCUGGUUUAUUUACAAAGGUUAUUUUAAACAUCCUGUUCAAUUAAUAUAAUAUAUCAUUUCCCACUGUUCAGUUCUAACUCUGCAAUCCCUAAGACGAUAAUGAGUGUUUGAACCAAUUUCUUAAAAGAUUGAGUAGAAAUGUCCCGCAGGGAAGGUGCCACCACCAAGAGGACCCUGCUUCUCACAAAUAUGGGACUGUAAUGAGAAUUAUAGAAUUGUAGAGGGUUAUCCAGUCCAACCCCCUGCAAUGCAGGAAUCUCAGCCAGAGCCUCCAUGACAGAUAGCCACCCAACCUCUGCUUAAAAACCUCCAAGGAAGGAGAGUCCACCACCUCCCAAAGGAGUCUGUUUCAUUAUCAAACAGCUCUUACCGUCAGUGAAAUAUACUCAGAGUCCUGUAGUGAUUUCAUGCUCUUUAUUGCAGCUAGUAAAACAGUGAUUGAAUUGCCCCCCAAACCUCAGGCUUUUAUAUACAUUAUUUACACAAUGAGUCCCGUCUGAUUGGCUGAUUCUGCUUCCCUCCUGGAGACUGAUUGGUCUUUUCCUGCAGGCCAAUCAGUUGUUACAUUCUAUGAUCCUACCAGCCUAAUAGGCUGAUUAACUUCCUCCUGGAUCCUACCAGCCUAAUAGGCUGAUUAACUUCCUCCAAGUUGUUGCAUUCUAGGAUCCUACUUGUCUAUUGUUCUAGGAUCCAAGCUCAGUACAUAACAGUCAGAAAGUUUUUUUCUGAUGUUUAGUCGUAAUCUCCUUUCUUGUAGCUUGAAGGCAUUUGUUACGUAUUGUUCUAGCACCAAUCAGACUGCUGCAUUCUGAAUCCUGUUGUUCUAGGACCAAUCAGACUGCUGCAUUUUGGAUCCUAUUCAACUCAGUACAUAACACCCCUCCCCUCUAAGUUCCAGUGCUGCCUGGGAGGUUGCAUUCAUAGUCCUCAAGGUACGCCGGCGGCCUACGUGUGCGUUGCGGCCUGGGGUGUUCCCUGGUCAGGGGUUUGUGUUCUGGCUCGUGUUCUGAGGAUGCUGGCUGCAAUGGGGCCGUUUGGUCUGGCACAACUGGCUCGCUCAGUCGUGGCUCUGGUUCCGGUGUUCUUUCGGCCUUGUGGGUCCUCUGUAUUUACUGAUUCUGCCUCCCCUGCUGGCCCCUCCUGCUCUACGGGCCUCACUGCCCCACUGUUCCCUUUGAACUCCUCUGACCUGUCCUCCUCCUGGUUUUCUCCUGAGAAUCGUCGCCGUAGCUGGUCGCAGUGGCGGCGCCAUCAGCAUUGGUUCGAGUCCUACCCUCCAGAGCAGGAGAAAACAAGCUUUCUCCAUCUUCCACAUGACAGCCUUUGAGAUAUUUGAAGGUGGCUAUCACAUCUCCUCUCAGUCUCCUCUUUUCCAGGCCGCACAUGCCCAGCUCUUUCAAAGAGAAGCCUUGCUGACGAUUGCAGCGCUUGUGGUUCCUAUGGGAAAGGGGAUUUCUUGAGAUGCGUAAAGUCCAAGGCCAUUCAGAGGUUUAAACGUGAAUAUCAAUGCUUUGAACGGAACCUGGAACUUAACCUCUCCCUGCUCUCAUUCUGCCUUUCAGCAAUCAUUGAUGAACUGAUUAAGGAAGAUGGCUUCGAGGUGGAUCCUGUCUCGCUUCCCCCCAGGGUCUCGCUUAACGGGCCAGCCGAGCUGAUCCCCAAAUGUUCCAACUUAGCAUCACCAGCCGGAAUGCCGAGACCAGCUGAGCCGAUGGGCAUGAGCCCGGUGAGGCCCUACGGCUCCUCCUUCUCAGCCUCUUGCGCGCUGCGAGACCCGUCUCCUUCCCAGCUCUCUCAGAACCUGAACAACUUGACGCUAAGGCCCCAGCUGGUUCCAAGGGGGACGUCCCUGCCGUUGCUGCCUAGUAGCCGAUGCUCUGAUGACUCGUGGCCCCCUCUCCCCUCUUCCCUGCGCCCAGGGAUGUCCCGAGAGCAGUUGGACGACGUCAUCCAGGAGCCGCCCAGGCUGGUGAUCACGGAGCAGCCCAAGCAGAGGGGGAUGCGUUUCCGUUACCAGUGCGAAGGCAGGUCGGCUGGAAGCAUCUUGGGCGAAUUCAGCACCGAGACCAACAAAACUCUGCCGACCAUUGAGGUGAGUGGUGUGUGUUAGGAUAUUGAUGUUCUGUUCCACCUAAACAGAUGUGUGGAGCUGUUGUAUGUCGCAUGUCUGUUUACAUUCCAGCACAGCUUGCUGGGAACUUCCGUUUGUGUGUAGCUUUUGCCUUACGCUUCUUGCUUGGACAUAAAGGAGAGCAGACAUGUUUUCUUUGUCCUGAUCUAUGCUGAAUAAACUGCUUGUAAAUAUGCUUUAGGGACGCGGGUGGCGCUGUGGGUUAAACCACAGAGCCUAGGACUUGCUGAUCAGAAAGUCGGCGGUUCGAAUCCCUGCGACGGUGUGAGCUCCCGUUGCUGGGUCCCUGCUCCUGCCAACCUAGCAGUUCGAAAGCACCUCAAAGUGCAAGUAGAUAAAUAGGUACCGCUCCGGCGGGAAGGUAAACGGAGUUUCCGUGCGCUGCUCUGGUUCGCCAGAAGCGGCUUAGUCAUGCUGGUCACAUGACCCGGAAGCUGUCUGCGGACAAAUGCCGGCUCGCUCGGCCUCUAGAGCGAGAUGAGUGUGCAAUCCCAAGGUCGGUCACGGCUGGACCUAAUGGUCAGGGGUCCCUUUACCUUUACCUUUAAAUAUGCUUUACAUAUGCCUCUGCCUGCCCUUCCAUCGCGAAGAGUUUGUUAUCUCUGCUGGCUUGCGCGCUCAGCUUCUGAAAGGCUUCUGAAGCUCUGAGUCGCAGAUUGAUGCAGAACUGAGGACCAGAGUUUGACCAGCUGCUGGCCAGUUUGCUGGAGCCAGCUGGGGGCCUGCCAAUUGCCCCCGUUCCCUUGGACGCAUCACAACAGUGUAUUUCAUCAAAGCUCAGAUUGCAGUCAGCCGUUGUUUAAAAUAUUCCCUUUGCCAACCGGCUGCGCUGCAGAUGUUUUGGACUACAAGUCCCAUCGUCCUUAGCUCACAGGACCCAAUGGUCAUGGACGAUGGAAGUUGUAGUUCAACAACAUCUGGCGACCCAAAGUUGAGAAAGGCCGUGUUAAGGCCAACAGGUUGGUGAAGGCUGUGUGAAGAACUGCACAGAACCCGUGAAAGUCUUGCCCUUUGGGAAGGUGCUGUAGGGGCAGCUCAGCCAAUAGCGGCCCGUGGGCUCCUUGGUGGUGGCCCCCGAAGAAGGCCUCCUCCUUCUCUGUUUGUUUCUCCAGCUGCAGAACUUUGCAGGCAUCCCAGAAGCGAAGGUGACAGCGUGCUUGGUGUGGAAGGAUUGGCCUCACCGGAUCCACCCUCACAGCCUGGUGGGGAAAGACUGCAACAAUGGUCUCUGUGAAGUGACACUGAAGCCCCGAGCCAACCCCAAGCACAGGUAAGAACGCCUUGCAUUGCUUGCGUUGCUGCAGCACUGUGUUUGCUGUGGGGUCUGUUAAAGGUGCUGAGAGUUGUUAGGGGACCCCUGUUCCUUCUCACAUAGCUAUAGUUCCCAGAGUUCCCUGUGGAGAGGGGUUGAUAGUUAAAGCCCUCUGGGAAUUGCAGUUCUGUGACAACUGUUGUUGUUUAGUCGUGUCCAACUCUUCGUGACCCCAUGGACCAGAGCACGCCAGGCACUCCUGUCUUCCACUGCCUCCCGCAGUUUGGUCAAACUCAUGCUGGUAGCUUCGAGAACACUGUCCAGCCAUCUCGUCCUCUGUCGUCCCCUUCUCAUUGUGCCCUCCAUCUUUCCCAACAUCAGGGUCUUUUCCAGGGAGUCUUCUCUUCCCAUGAGGUGGCCAAAGUCUUGGAGCCUCAGCUUCAGGAUCUGUCCUUCCAGUGAGCACUCAGGGCUGAUUUCCUUCAGAAUGGAUAGGUCUGAUCUUCUUGCAGUCCAUGGGACUCUCAAGAGUCUCCUCUGGUUUAUCAGAAAAAAUAAGGAAUAUAUCAAAACAGGAAUUUGUUUCAAAAUGGACGGUUUUCAAAGAAUAUCUGAAAAAUAAAUAUAGUAGUUUAAAUUCUGCUGCAGCAUUCGAGGAACUUCAGAAAUAGUUGCAAGGUAGAUAUAAGAAAUUAGAUUUAUUAAGAAUAAGUUUAAUUAUGAUAAAAGUGUGUAUUGGCAAUAAGUAAUAUGAAUUUGAAAUAUGGAAUAGAUGGGAGGUUGGCUCUUUAGUGUUAAGACCAAUAGAUGUUUUAUUGUUUGCUAAGAAAAUUAUGUGUCCAUGGUUAUUCUUGUGUGUAAUUUGGUAUUUGUGUUUUUUUUUUCUUUUUUCUUGUUGUAUCAAUAAAAAAAUUAUUUAUUUAUUUUAAAAAAGAGUCUCCUCCAGCACCAUAAUUCAAAACUGUGACGACUAUCAGCACCCUAAACAAAACACAGCUUCCAGUAUUAUUUUGGGGAAAGCUGUGGCUAUUUAAUGUGGUAUGAUUCUGCUUUAAGUGUAUUGUGCCAAUAGGGCCUAACUUAAGCAGGGGAUAUUGUAUUAGGAUUAUGGAAUUGUAGAUUUGGUCCAAGCCCCUACAAUGCCGGAAUCUCAACUAAAGCAUCCAUGACAGAGCCAACAUUUGCUUAAACACCUCCCAAGGAAGGAGAGUCCACGAAGGGAGUCUGUUGCCCUUUCAAACAGCUCUUACCUUUAGAAAGUUCUUCCCAAUAUUCAGUUGGAAUCUCAUUUCUUGUAACUUGAAGCCAUUGGUUCAGGUCCUAGCUUCCAGAGGAGCAGAAAACAAGUUUACUGCAUCUUCUGUGUGCCAGCCCUUGGAAUAUUUGAAGUUGGCUCUCAUAUCUCCUCUCAGUUUCCUCUUUUCCAGGCUAAACAUACCUAACUCCCUCAACCAUUCCUCAUAAGGCUUGGUUUCCAUCUUGGUUGCCUUCCUCUGCACAUCUUCCAGUUUGUCAGUAUCCUUCUUAAAUUGUGGUGCCCAGAACUGGACACAGGACUGCAGGUGUGGUUUGACCAAGGCAGACUAGAGCGGGACCAUUACUUCCCUUGAUCAGGACGCUAUAAUUUGUUGAUGCAGCCUAGAAUUGCAUUAAUAUUUUUUGCUGCUGCACCACACUGUAUUGUGUAUUGUGUGUGUGUGUGCGUAUGCGUGCACAAUCUGACUUAUUUUAGAGGGAUAAAUUAAUUUAAGAUAACCAUGUUUAGAGAUGACGGUGAUGAGGGAUUGAGGAUUGGAAUUACCGUUUUGUGAUAUUACAAAUAUUACACAUUACGGCAGUGGAUAAAGCUGUAUUAUAACUUUUGAAUAAGUGUGUUUUUAAAAUAAUAAUAAUAAAUGAGAUGAUCUGGGAGUAAUAGAAGGGGAAUCCAACUGAUUUCAAGCAGGAUCUGUUGGGAAAAGAAUUGGGCAGCAAAUGAAUUGAAGAGGAACUGCAAUGGAGUGAUCUGGGACAGGGUACAAAGGGUGCCAGUUGAAUGAAUGGCUUCUUUGAGUUAUUUGGAUGAGAAAUAACUUGGUUUGCUUUCCAUGACAUUUGCAGUCAAAAUCUGCAGCUGCGCAUACAAAACAGCACAUGUAAAUUUUGUGCAAACGUAUGCCUAUUGGCCUGUGCUCAAAAUCUUUUAAAGUUCCUAAUAAUAAUAAUAAUAAAUUUUCUUUAUACCCCACCCUCUCCAGCCAGAGUGGGGCUCAGGGCGGCUAACACCAGUAAAAUUACAGUAAAAACAUAAUAGGAAAAAAGCCCAAUUUAAAAUACAGGUUAAAAUGCAAUUUAAAAUGCAAUUUAAAAUUUAAAAUCCUAGCGAGUAUGCUCUUGAUCCCUGCUGUCUCCAGUCAGGACUGAAAAAGAGCAAGAUACUGAGAAUUGCAAACAACAUUGAUCUAGAUGGAGAAAUAGACCAAUAUGGUUUAAUGCAGCUUGGAAGCAAAACGCCUCCUUUGUUGGCAGCCUUCCAGUUUCCUGAACCCCAAACUCUCCUCUGAUCGCUUUGCAGUUUUAACAACCUUGGGAUCCAGUGCGUGAAGAAGAAGGACAUAGAGGAAUCCAUAGAGAAAAAGCUGCAACUUGGGAUCGAUCCUUUCAAAGGUAUUGAGAGGCCGGGUUGGUCAUAGUAGCUCCUGCAGGACUAGAAUCAAAAUCUGGCGGCCAGAGGCCUUUGUGCGUUGGACAACCCAUCAAGGCAAAACGGGGGAGCCUGUGGUCCUCCUGAUGCUGGUGGAAUGCACCUUGAAGUCCAACUCCAACACCUUGAAGUCAAAAUCCAGGAUGCCACCUUACUGUUGUUUUUCAUCGCAAGAACAUGGCAGCCAUUUUGGUUGCUGUGACCUGCUGUGCUGCAGAUGUUUUGGACUACAACUCCCAUCACCCUUAGCUCACAGGACUAAAUGGCCACUGAUAAUUGAGAGCCAAAGGGCUGGCAAAAAAGAAAUGUUUUUGCCUGGUACUCAGGGUUGCCAUAUUCCCCAAAGUGAAAAUCAGGACAAAGUUCUUGAGCUUUUUGUUUUUUAGCUUCACAAAAUCUCCCAAGAAACAAAAUAUUUUUGGCUUUUCUUUGAUUUUUAAAGCAGUUUUUAAAUAAAAAAAUAGCAACCCUCCUUGCAAUAUGUCUGGGUUUUCCCAGGCAUUUUGCCAAUUCAGCAGAAAAUCUGCUUGGACACCAUUUCGCUGCCCAAUUCCCAGACGUAUCACGGAAAGCCCGGACAUAUGGCAGCCCUACUGGUGCCUAAAGCUAUGUAAUGGUGGCACCAGGUGAGCCUUUCCGAGGAGAGCUUUCCGCAAAUGGGGAGCCACCACUGAAAAGCCCCUGUUUCUGCUCAUAUAUACAACAAAUGUGUUUAUUCUGUGCUUGGUUUGCUCUUUCUGUUUCUCACUUUUUCUCUCUCCUUCUCUCUCUGUAUAGCUGGCUCAUUAAAAAAUCACCAGGAGGUUGACAUGAACGUGGUCAGGAUUUGUUUUCAAGUCUCAUACCAAGAUCGCACAGGGAAGACGCGGCACCUCAGCCCUGUUCUUUCAGAACCCAUCUUUGACAAGAGUAAGCAAUGGGGAAUAUUGGAAGAUGGUGAAGUGGGCGAGUGUUUUUUUUAAGCCAUGGCUACAAAGGAAAAUAACAAGGGCAAGUAAACAAACACCGGGGGGGGGGGGGCAAAGACAUGGUGUUAGGAAUCCAGCCAAUCCAGUGCUUUUUCUAGGAUUGAGACCCUACAAAAACCAGAAAAUGGGUUGUUGUUAGUGGAUAGGCGGGAAUGACACACUGCACAUGAUCAAAAGCCUUAUAUUCUGAUCCGGGGAGAAGCCUUGGGGUAAGGCAAGCUGGUUGCUUCAGGACCAUGGAGAGCUCCUGGUGAGAAACUUGCUCCAGUAAGGGUUGGAAGUCAACAACAGCCUCCACCUCGACUGGGCUCAGUUUCCUUGUGGAGAAACUGGAGUCCAUCAAAGGGUCAAUACCCUGGACACUUUGCCUGUACUCCAUUGGUCUCCUGUGCCAUUGGACCAUUGAAGUAAAGUAGGAGGCAGUUUCUUGGGCUUGGGGUGGGGGGAAGGUGCCUAUGAGCUUUCUGUCUCCAGGUAUAUAGGCUCUGAUACUGUAGGAUGGUUCAGCAGCUGCCUGCCUUCCAGCCUCAGGUUCAGGGAUCUGAUCAUCAGCCUCAGGACCAAGAACCCAGUACAGCUCCUUAACCCACGACACUUCAGCUUUCAAAUCAGUGUCCUGGUCAAAGCUGGACUCCGCAGGCCCUGUGAAAUUACUUUUCCAAGGAGUAAGCCCUGACAUCGGAAUGGGCUUUGUAUCUUAGCUUUGGAUGAUUGCCCUUUAAGGGAAUGUUCCUCCCAUGCACCCCCUGCUAUGUGUACGAUCUGGGCUUUCUCUGGAGAAGGUCCCUUGCAGUCACAUGGAGCAGAAAAGAAAACACAUGUGGUUAUGGGAAGCAGGGUCAGAUCCUAACGCUGUGGGUUUGGGUACGUGCAGAAUCCACAAACACGUCGGAGCUGAAAAUCUACCGGAUGAAUAAGGAGUAUGGCAGCUGUACGGGUGGAGAGGAGCUCUAUUUGCUGUGUGAUAAAGUCCAGAAAGGUAAGUGAGAAGAACCCCAGGGAUCUUUCGUGGGUCUCAUUCCCCAACACAUCAGGCUUGCUGAGCUUGUUUGAUUGGGUGCCUGCAGUUCUGAACCGCAGGCCCCAAGCGCAGGCCUGUGAAAGUGGUUUGAUGCAGGAAUCCCAAAGAGGGAUUUCAAAAAUGCCAGAAUGGCCCGUUCUAGUGCUUUAUUAAAGAAAGGUGUCAACUUACAACACAGAGUGCAGAGUCUCACUGCCUUUACAGAUUCAGGACAGACACUGCAACAGUGAGAGGUUGUCAUGACUUAUGCACCCCCAAGCAAAUGUAUAUACAUCCUUUAUGCACUAACCAGCAUACGUCAGUUUACCCAGAACCUCCUAGAACACCUGGCCGGUGAGGCCAUAGGUGGCAGUUAGCCAAAGCUUCUCAAGGUCUACAGAUAAGCGUAGCAUCAAGCCAGCCGACUACCACAAGUGAAUAUAAACAUAUAUGAGCUCAUUCUUGCAACAUUUGCCAAUUAUUCUGGAGUUAUCUUGACUACCAAAGAUGGUGCUUUAAGGCCUUCUGGAACAUUUCAGCUUUGGUUCAACACAACCGUGAGGAAGACAGAGAAGUGUGAUGGGUUCAGCUUCCAUUCUUAAGAGGAGGCAGAGCUCAUCUUCUUUCUUUGGCAACCCCUCGUAGCCGAGUAAGAUUGUCUUCCAUGAACACAAUCUUAACAGUGAGUCCGUAAAUGACUGUGGAGGUCGAUUCUGGAUCUGCACAUCCUUCCAAUGGGGACAUAGGUUUCUGGCUGGGAGUUGAUCACGGUGAGGGUUUGCCAAGUGUGCCUUCCUCUUAGCACAUUUCUCCUUUUCAUCCUGAGUUCGAGCAUCUUCAAAGCCCAUGACACCUUCGUUAAAAGCUGUUCUCUAAUUGGAGCGCUCGCAGGCCAGUGUUUCCCAAUUGUCGGUGUUUAUACUACAUUUUUUUUUAGAUUUGCUUUGAGAGAGUCUUUGAACCUCUUUUGUUGACCACCAGCAUUAUGCUUUCCAUUUUUAAGUUCAGAAUAGAGUAGUUUCUUGGGCAGACAAUAAUCAGACUUCCUGGAGGGGAAGACCUUAUCUAAAAGGACCUCCUUGCCUCUGUCGUCCUUGCAGAAGACAUCUCCAUCAUCUUUCGAAGGGACAAGUGGGAAGGGAAAGCUGACUUUUCCCAAGCCGAUGUUCACCGGCAGAUUGCCAUCGUCUUCAAGACGCCACCGUACCAGCACCUUGACAUUGUGGAGCCGGUGGAGGUGGAGGUAUACCUCCGCCGUUUGACGGACAGCGUCUCCAGCGACCCCUUCAACUUCACCUACCUGCCAAAGGACAACGGUAUGAUGGGAGCAUGAGAAAUUGUCUGGUACCAAGUCAGGCGGUUCAUCCAUCUAGCUUAACACUGGCUGGCAGGGUCUUGGACAAAGUGCGCCUUCCCUUUCACUUUAUACCUUUUCCUUUUAGCCAGAGAUACCAGAGAUUGAGGGGACGUGGGUGGUGCUGUGGGUUAAACCACAGAGCCUAGGACUUGCCGAUCAGAAGGUUGGCGGUUUGAAUCCCCGCGACGGGGUGAGCUCCCGUUGCUCAGUCCCUGCUCCUGCCAACCUAGCAGUUCGAAAGCACAUCAAAGUGCAAGUAGAUAAAUAGGUACCGCUCUGGUGGGAAGGUAAACGGCGUUUCCGUGCGCUGCUCUGGUUCACCAGAAGCGGCUUCGUCAUGCUGGCCACAUGACCCGGAAGCUGUACGCCAGCUCCCUCGGCCAAUAGAGCGAGAUGAGCACCGCAACCCCAGAGUUGGUCACGACUGGACCUAAUGGUCAGGGGUCCCUUUACCUUUACCUUUAAAAUGCGAAAAAUAUAGGAUAUUAAAAGAGGGGAGGGACUUGCUGAACAAAAUAAUUGAACUGGAAUACAAAAAAGGAAGGUGUGAGGAGGUCCUGGAAAUAAGUAAAUGAAGGUUAAGUAAUGAAAGGAAAGAAUUGUUUUUAUAUUUUUACUAUGUAUUUUCUUUUUUAUUCUUUUUUUUUCUUUUUCUUUGUGUGUUUUGUAAAACAUUGAAAACUUUAAUAAAUAUCUUAUAAAAUGCGAAAAAUAAAAUGAAAAUGUACUUCUUUGCCAAACCUUUGGAUCAAUCUUUCUGCAGACACUUACCGGGUGAACAAAAAAAGGAAGCAAGGCAUGCCCGAUGUCCUAGAGGAGCUCUCUGGCCCAGGUUUGUAUACUUGCUGGCAACUCGGUUUGCUGCCCAAGGGGUCACGGAUAUGUUUUGCAGAAUCCGCACACGGUGGACGGUUUUGUCCAACUUCCCUUUUGCCUUUUGUUUCACCAGACCCUCAUGGGAUCGAAGCCAAAAAGAAGAGAAAGAAGCCAGGGUACAUGGACCAUUUCAACUUGACUCCGUCCGCAGGUCAGUCCGGCUAGGCUAGGCCGAAGCCUGCCUCUGUUUGGAGCCUACUGAGUUCUAAACUGAAUAUUAUGCAGUAGUACAGAAAAUUAUUGAAGAGGGCACAGCGGUGGUCCCACCAACCCCUCUCCCCAAACACACACCAGAGGCUUUCCAUAACGUUUCGGGAACCCAGUUUGCGGGCAAAGCCACUGUUGUGGUGAGCUGGUGUAAAAAUGAAGCAAAAUCUCGGCCUCUGACAGCUCUCCUUCCACUGUCAGAAGUAGCAUGCUUCUGAAUACCAGUUGCUGUGUAGCCUUAUGAGGCUUUGCCCUCGGGUGGGAAAAAUAUUGCGCCCGGGAAAAGGGAAGUGGGAGUCAACAGACACUCAAAGAAUAGUUUCAGAGAAAAAGCUUUAUUUCUACCAUCCAUGAACUGGUAGAAGGAGCAAGUGUGAUAACUCACAAAAAGCAUGCACGGGUUCACAGUCAUGUGCACAGAGUAUAUAUGUUUUUAGAAUGUUGCCCUAUUUUAGUGUUGUUAGCCGCCCUGAGCCCGGCUUCGGCUGGGGAGGGCGGGAUAUAAAUAAAAUUUAUUAUUAUUAUUCUCAUUCCCGUUCCCUCCCCUUUCUCCUCCUUCUUCAAGAGUCCUGCCCAUGAGUUCCUCUGAGCAUGAACAGAAAGCUGUCUUGGGACUAUUGUGGCACCCUUCCCAGGAAAGGGGGAAUGAGAAGCCAAAGGGGGGUGGGUCGAGAAGCCCUGGUGGUUCGGCAUGUCCAAGAUGUUGCAACCGAAUGAGAUAAGAUUCAGUUCUCAGGCCGGAGUAUUCUUGCCAUUGACAGAGUCUAUUCAUUAGCCUUUUGAAGCCUUCUUGUACUGAUAAAAAAAUAACAUUUUGCCUAUGUACCAGCAUCUUGUGAGAAUCCACAGAAAAGCUGUAGCUGUGGGUUUUUAGAAGACAAAAGGAAUUUUGGACAGUUUUGAGGCCUGGUUGGGCGGGGGGUGACUUCGGGCCUAGGUGGGGUCACCUGUCCUCACCUCCUACAGCUGCAAAUGGCAGGAGGGGAUCCAGAAGAUCUCUUCUUAUUUCCGAUAGCUAUUGUUACCUUGGGGAAAAGUCACUUGAGUUGGCUAUUCUGGAUUCUCCGUCCCUGCAAAGUGCUUUAAAAACUGAGCUAAACCAAGGAGAGGGUUUGUUGGCAGAGUAGCUAAAUUGCAGCUAGGAAGCCAAAUCAUGUGCAAUACUGACUCUUUCCUUUAAAUUAAACAGUGUCCACUUGUUAAAAUACACAAAAGCUUUUACUUGCAGAGCAUAUAGCUAAAGAAGAAUAUAUUCAAAGUAUUCAUAUUCUCAUGCUUAUGCAAGCAUGGGCUUAGUUUUUCUUAGUUGAAGAUUGCAGCUUCUUCCUCAAACAGUCAAACAAACUGUGUUUCUUUCUUCCUUUCCAGUGUUUGCUCUCAAGCUAAGCCAUGCAGUUCUUUCUAAGAGGCUUCCAUUUUCUCCUUCCAGCAGACUUCUCCUUACUGCUUCUUUGGGAGAACAUCAAGUUCUGUACUUCUUUCUGUCACAUCCAUUCACACAUUAGCAAGCCUCUCCCCUUUAUUGUGUUUAGAGAAGAGUUAUCUAACACGGGUCUCUCCUUCAGUGUUCACAGAGAUGCAGCUAAGUCGGUCGCGCAGAAAAUAAGGCGGAGAAUGUAAUAAGAUGCCUCUCAUGUGACACGGGAGUUACUGGGGAACAUUCCAGAAUUAACCACACAGUGAUGCAUUUAAGCAUUCCCCAAUUUCAGUAAAUUGAAGCGCUAUACUUAACAGGGUUUGCUAAGCAGGAAGAUUCUAUGCAAGACAGAGUUGUUCCGCCUGGCCUUCGGCUUGGAAUCAAUUUGAUUCCCUCCCCCUCUUCUUUUUUCUUUCCCCUCCUGUGAUGGAACUCGUAUUUGGGGACUUCCCUGGCUUUUUCUGGCCCGUGUAGGACCAGUUUGGAAAGUUAGCCAUGCUGAAGACUUGACGUUUUCAUCCCCCCAAAACAUUUUUUAUUUGAGUUUCCAUUUAAUGAGGCUGUAUUUUAAUAUUUUAAUGUUGUAUUUUAAUCCUGUUUUAAAUUUGUAUUUCAAUCAGUUUGUUUUAUAUUGGAUGUUAGCCACCCUGAGCCCGGUCUUGGCUGGGGAGGGUGGGGUAUAAAUAAUUUUAUUAUUAUUAUUAUUUAUUAUCAUGGGUAAGCAAACUAAGACCUGGGGGCCGGAUCUGGCCCAAUUGUCUUCUCAAUCUGGCCUGCAGAUGGUCCGGGAAUCAGCGUGUUUUUACAUGAGUAGAAUGUGUGCUUUUAUUUAAAAUGCAUCUCUGGGUUAUUUGUGGGGCAUAGGAAUUCGUUCAUUAUUCCCCCCCCCCGAAUAUAGUCCAGCCCCCCACAAGGUCUGAGGGACAGUGGACCGGCCCCCUGCUGAAAAAAGUUUGCUGACCCCUGAUCUAUGUCAUGUUUUGUAGAGGGGGUCUGUGACUGUUCUCAGAUGCCCCCGAGUAGCGUUGAUUUCCUUGUUCUGGUUGCAGAUGGCUCCUUGACCGGUUCGGAAGACAGGAAUAGCCUGAGCAACUUGGAGCGUAUCACCGUGCCAGACCUGUUUGAGGACUACAACCUGGGCCAAGACUUCUCUUCCUACAACGGCCCCACCUUGAGCGAUAUCCUGCUGCCAGCUGCUAUGGACUUCCCAGAUUCCGCAGAACAGGAGUUCCUGCUGGAUGCUUAUUCCAUCCACUCUGGCAUCUCGGCCCCCUUCCCGUUCCCUGUGGAUUGUGACCCAGAGGGCACAGCCAGUUUGGUGGGGAGCAGCAUGUUCCCCAGCCAGUACAAGGAGGCCGAAGCACGACUGGAGAUGGAGACCAAGCUCAAGUCAACAGACAGCGCUGCAACCUUGUGAAGGAGCAUGGGCCCACUGUGGCCUGGGAGGGAAGGGGCCUCGCUCUCCAUUUUGAAUCUUACCGGUAGCAGAGAGAUCCCUGGGCAAAGCAAACGGGGAUGUUUUCCCUACUGGCAAACUGAAGAGGGGAAAAUUACAUUGAUCUCGAUCGGGGAUCCGUGACAGGCUUCCCUUAGGGAGAUAAGACAUGGUGUGAAUGGAAGGAAGGAAGAUUGCACUAAUAACUGAAUUGCAGGGGAGGGAAGUGCCCUCAGUGUUAGCCCCCUGCAUUUGGCUUCCUAGUUUCUCUUCCUCAGUUUUCCCCAUCUGUAAAAUCGGGUCAACAACACUGACUUGUUCUGCUAGGGCAAAAAUGUCAGACUAGCAAAUGUAGUCUUGUUAGUUUCAUGGGUGUACCCCUAAGGCCUUUUCCUCUGCUUGAAGACUUAUGCCGAUCUGUCGUGGAACGUUUUGUACUUCGGAUUCUUUUUGCAAAGUCCACGCACACUGCAAUAGCUAAUGGGCGGCCUUGUGUUUUGGAGUAGCUCAGGAGCUGAUCUAACAUAGAUACGUAACGGUAUAUUCCACAAGGACAUGUCUUUCAAUACAUUUAUGAAGUCAUGAGACUUAGCUGUUGGUCCACCUGGUGUUGCCCUAACAGUGAUACUCCUGGUUUUUCUCUCUAGCUGCUGCAGAUACCUAUCUAGAGGUGCCAAGGAUUGAAUGUGUGACUGCCCACAUGCAAUGAAUGUACUUAUUCUCUAACGCAGAAUUACAACCUCUCCCUCUCAUCUUCUCUGUGCAAAGCAAGCCUCUUGGGGCUAAAAGCUUGCACCACUUUUAAACAGUGCACUUGAGGCUGUCUGAUACGGCUAGGUCCAGAGACAACAGACAUUAUUGCAAGCCAGGAUAUUGUCGGGUGGGAUGUGGGAGGCUGUGCUUCUCUUCCACCUGUAUAGACUACAACAUGUCACUAGCAUGAAAGUGCUAUGUGGUACAUCAAAAUCUUUUUUAAAUGUCCAUGUCCACUAGGAAGGGGUGUUGUAGAGCUGAGGAGGAAAUUUGCUCACAGUAAAAAAAUUGGUAAGCACCUAACAUUGUUUUGCAUUUCAGAAUGUUUCUUGUAACUGCAGAUCCUCGUACCCCUGCCUACUGGCCAGCCAGAAUGUUGCUGAGCUCUUUCAUGGUUGCUAAAGGUUUCUUAAGGUAUUCCCCAAGCACUUGUCAAGCCUAUCUGUCCAGCCUUAGGGCCUAGAAAUUUAGGGUGCUUCCAAACAAGGACUUAAUGCUUUGAAUGGGUCACUGAGAUAUCGCAAACCGGUCGUUGGCAACCAUUUUUGUUUUUCUGUGUAACUUCUUUGGGUUUUCCCUGCAAAGGGGAAAUCCAGAUUUAAUGGAGGGGAGGGGAGAAAAAGGCUGGUGUUGUGAUGACAGAAAAACAACAACACAUGUGUUAAGGAGCGAGUAUUAUAGGCCUUGACUUGACUCUUGCAUCCUGAGUGUAAAUUUUUCACAUUUGGAACCAGAAAAACACGGUGUGUUUUUCCUAAUGGGUUGCAUUGUAACUAAAUCCUAGACAGAGUAGACCGACUGGAAAUCAAUAGGCCUAAGUUAGUCAAGUGUAUUAAUUUAAGUGGGUCUUCUCCAGUGCUAUUUUUCUAGAAAAAGGGGGGCUGGAACGCCUCCCUCGUUCUCUUAGAAUGACAAUGGCGCCUUCCUGAGAGGUGCCAGAACUGAGUUCUGGUGAGUUUCGACUGAAAAAAAGCCCUGGUCUUCUCGUGAGUGCAACUGACCUUGGAUACAACCCAAGGUGACCUUGACACUGCAGGUCCUUAGCAGCUACCAGCAAAAGGGAUGUGACCUUUCUAAAAAAGCUCAUCCUUGGAAACCGAAUAGAUCCCUAGAAAGAGGAUAGCACCAUAGAUAGCUUCCCCCUGCCUUUUUCUCCUUUUUGGCAUUCGACAAUGAAACUGUCCCUAGGCACCAUUCUGAAUUUAGAAGACAUCACCACCUCCUCAGUGCUGGUAAAUGGUUUUUGUCACAUUCUCCCUUCUUCAGGUUUCUUCCUGCUUCUGUAGCUUUAAAAUCAAAAGUUGCCUGAGGUUAAAGGUUGAAGUAGCUGAAAGUAUUUUGAUGUUGUUAUAAUAAGAAUAAAACACAACCACUUGAUUUCCAACCCCAUGGUCACAUAAUCACUCUUUAAAAAAGCAUUUCAAGGUGUGUAAGGAAAAUAAAUCUUCAAAAGCUGUCACAGAAUCUGUAACCAGGCAGGGAGAAUAAUUUAUACAUCUUGGGAUGGUGGUAAUGUUGGAUGGGUCCUUUUGAAUGAAGUACUGUACCUUCUCUGGGCUUACCUUUCAAAUGUAUGCAUUAUUACUGGCUUAAUUUUAGCCCUAUAACCUGUUUUCUGUGCCACGGCUGAGCCCUGGAAAGAUGUGAAGUAUUAAUAAAACAGGCACUGCUUCGGAUUGUGUA